CUUUCAUCUGUGAAAGCCUUUCACACACUCCACUUCAAGUUCGCUCACAGUCUGUCUCUCCAAGAAGAUAGAGAGAAAAAAGGGCCAUGGAUAAUAUUGAUGAGUUGAGUUCUUCAGCCACACCAAACCAGCUGGACCUGCUCAUGACAAUGCACAUGGAGAAGCCGCCCGAGUUUUAUGACGGCAUGUGCAGAGAGUUCGCCAACCUGACCCCUGCCGAGCUCGGCGGUGCGAGUUGUGCAGCCGACACUGCCGAUAUGGAUAGAGUCAUGAGAAGCUUCUUGGACAACAGCGUUAACGUUAGCCCGCAUUUUGUCACUCCCUACUCAUUCCAAAACCUACCCCCGCCGACGUCCUUGUCCACCCAGUACCCGCUCCACGAACUGCCCCGGAUUUUGCCCGAUGGCUCGCAGUCGCCAUCGAUGGCGGCUAUGAGGGAGAUGAUCUUCAGGAUUGCAGCGAUGCAGCCGGUGCACAUAGACCCUGAGGCGGUGAAGCCGCCGAGGAGGAGGAACGUGAGGAUAUCGAAGGACCCGCAGAGCGUGGCGGCGCGGCACCGGCGGGAGCGGAUAAGCGAGCGGAUUCGGAUCCUGCAGCGGCUCGUGCCGGGCGGGACCAAGAUGGACACAGCGUCGAUGCUGGACGAGGCCAUCCACUACAUGAAGUUCCUGAAGGACCAGGUGCAGUCGCUCGAGCGAGCCUCCAUCGACGGCAACGGCAGGGCUCAUAAUGGGGCGAAAUUCCCGGCGGCUGGGUCAGGUGGCAGUCACGGUGCUCCGGCGUACCAGCAUUCGCAUCGGGAUGCAAAUUCGGGAUAUGGAGAUGAUGUUUAGAAUGGCACGAUAGAAUUGAUGAGUUCGCCGAA